AUGAGCUGUUGUUGUUGGGAAUGCACUAGUGAAUGUUUUAAUAUUGCAAAGGGAUCAUUUUCGAAUAGUUCAAUAAUAGACGAAACUAAACAAUCUGAAACUGUAAUUCUUGAUGAAAAUUAUUUGGAUAAACUGAUUGAUCUGGAAUUGAGGAAUGUUCCAUCUUCAUUGGGAUUGGUGUGGAGUAAAUUAUCUUGCACAUCAAAUCCUAAUGAAUUUCUCUUCAAAACUAAUCCAAACACAGUUUCGUCGUCUUCUCAAAAGUGUUAUCAUUUCUCUAGCAGUGAAGCUUCUAGUCAUACAAUAUCUAAUACCUGUCAACCAGUUUCGAAUAUCCAUCAAGCAGAAAGCGCAACUAAACUGUCAAAGAAAAAGAAACCAAAAAAGGAUAACAACAAGCCAAACUAUAGAGUUAGGUUUUCGUAUAACAAAUUCGAAGAAAUUGAAUUUAGAAAAUCAAAUCCUAAAAAAAAGUUUAUCAUUUUCAAAGAAUAA